AUGAGCCUGCUAGCGUUAAGGUGGAGGCGCAAGCAGGCAGGCAAGGCACAAGCUCUAAGGCAAAGGCUCAGGCUGGGCAGGAGGGUGCUAGGCGCUCAGACGCAGAUCAUUGGGCAAAGAAAAAGUGCUGAGGCAAAGGCUGGUGUUGGCGCUAAGCGUGAGGGUUGGGCUUGCUAUGGCCUGCUUGGUACGUACUGUGGGUGCUGGCAGGACGCUGCUGGGCAUGGCCAUUUGGGGCGAGAUGUAGAAAAGCAAGGAAACAAUGGCUUUUGGAG